AAGAUGAAAACACGGACAACGGCUCUGGAGCAGUUACAACGUCUGACAUUGGAGCAAAAGUGUGACGUGGCACAGAGAGAGUUAGAUGAAACCAAGGAGGACCUGGAGAAACUGAAGGAGAGCUCAGAAAGAGUGCUCCACAACUAUAAGGCAACUCUGGAGGAAGCAGAUAUUCGACUUGUGGAGGUCAAGAAAGCAAGUUAUGAGUUUGACCGUGAUGUCGCUAAGGUGUUGAGGGAGAAGAGAGGUGUCAUGAUGGGUGCAGAGAAGGUCAUUCGUUAUUUUGAGGACAGGAUGAGAGCAAAGGACACACUGGUUGAGAAGUUGCGGUUGAAGAAUGCAGCCCUCCAUGUGCAGAAGAGGAAGUUGCAGUUACAGCUACGGCAGAAAGAGGAAAUGGGUGAAGCCCUGCACGAGGUGGAUUUCCAGCAGCUGAAGAUCGAGAACAGCCAGUAUCUCGAACGCAUUGAUGAAAGAAACCAGGACCUUCUGCGCCUAAAACUCCUUGCAGGAAACACCCUACAGGUUCUCAACUCCUACAAGAAGAAGCUGCAGAGCAUGACAUGUGAGUCAAAGCUGCUUAGUAGUGACAUCACCUCCCGUAAGGAGAUGCUGGUGAAGAUCGAGGAGGAGACACUGCAGGCAGAAGAGGAGCGAGCCAAGGCAGAGACUCUUAACAGGAAGCUGCGAGGCCAGCUGGCAGAUUUCCGUGUUCCCCACGUGCUGCAAUACAUCACAGCUAAGGCCUCCCAUAGCCAGCUCGAGCAGAGUGUCCGAGCCUGGGAGCGAAAAGUUGAGAUAUCUGAGAUGGCUCUGAAGACACAUACCAAGACCUGGAACAAGCUGAAGGAAGCUGCAGGAGCAGGACCAGUCACAGCCCGGUGAAUCCGCACAUUCUUCCUAAUAAAUCUAUUCUUUGCAAAUAUUCAAUCAUCCAAAGCAGUCAAAAAUCCAUCAGUCUCUUUUGUAAACUAGCGGAGAUAUGCCCUUAUAAAGUAACUCAUGUGUUUUAGCUGUUUUUAACUUUCAGUAUAUGGAACAUUUGUAGAAUGGUUGAACAAUCAUGUUUUAAGUCACAAUUGAACUUAUCGUUUGUAGUAGGGUGGUUAAGCUGAUAAAUCAUUCAUUUUUUGAUAAAAACACAAAAUAUGUACCCUGAAAAGAUUUCAAUAUGGAGCCACCCCAGAUUUGACCUCUGGGGGGUGUGGCAGACAUUUUUUUGAAUGGACUGCUUUGAGGUAAAGGCACCAAAUUUGUCAUAGACCCUAGAUUUAUGGUCCCUGAAAAGAUCUAGAUAUGGAGCCACCACAGAUGUGGCCCCUGGGGGCUGUGGAGGCCAUCUUACAAAAUGGUAACACUAUGGUAGCCUUAGAUACCCUUAAAAUAUUUAGAUAUGGCGCCACUGCAGAUUUGGCCCUGGCAGCCAUCUUACUAAAUGUCCCCAGACUGUACCACUAUUUUGCAAAACAUUAAUCUACAAAAUGUCAUGGCCUAUACUUAUUUGACUUAAAAGUAAUGGCCUAUACUUCUUGGCCUGGAUCUCCUGAAACACAAAAGUUUUAACAGUUACACACAGUAUAAUACAGGGAUCAACUAGAUUAAGCUGCAAACAAUUUUUUAUUGAGCGAAUGGUCAAGGGUCCGGAACAUAAUUACAAAUAAUUAGCAAAUUGACCGCAAGAAGCCCAAACAGAUAUAACUAAAACAUAAUUUCAAAUCUUGCUUACAUUUGUACACGAUCACAUACUAUUAUGUGUGGGAAUACUAUGGAACAGAUUUCAAAAAUUAAAAUCACACAGCUAAUUAGUCUUUUGUCCAACAAUAAAAAUACAACUUUUUUUUUUUUUUUGCUCAGAAAACUUGGGAGGGGUCAAAAAAAAGUUGUACCUGGGAAAUAUCUCAGCCAUUAAGUUGGAAUAGUUCACAAUUGUUGUGGACAAUUUUCUCAGUCAGACAAGAGCUUUAGCUGGCACACAUAAUCUUUUACAUUUAAAACCCUGUUUCAUUAACAAAAGUAU